AUAAAUGCAUUCGUGUCCGUUGGCCUUGGAUCGACAGCCUGAACGGUAACAAGGUCGUCUUCCUCCUCCACUCCUCCGAGAGACGCUCUGAAACAUCCUUUGGGCCUACGGCAAUGGCGAGAACUCUCAGAAACAACUCUACCAUGUCUCACCUCGUCACUCGCUUCCUAACCUCACCAGCUAUGUCCGUUCCCCACAGCACGAGACAUUUACAAACCCUAGCUUACGAAGAGGUUCAACCCUCUCCUUCCAAACCCUAUACUUCCACGGCUUUCGUUAUCCACGGUCUUCUCGGAUCUGGCAGGAACUGGCGGUCCUUCUCUCGGAACCUCGUUUCCGUGCUUUCGAAUUCCUCUCCCUCCUCCAGUUGGAGGAUGGUUCUUGUGGAUUUGAGGAACCAUGGGAGAUCAGCCGAGAUAGAAAGUCUACGUCCCCCUCACGACAUGGUCAAUGCUGCUAGGGAUUUGGCUGAUUUGGUUAAAUCUCAGGGUUGGGCUUGGCCUGAUGUCGUUUUAGGCCAUUCCUUGGGCGGUAAGGUUGCAUUGCAAUUCGCAGAGAGUUGUGCGAAGGGGGACUAUGGUGAAUCGGUUGCCUUGCCCAAACAGCUGUGGGUACUAGAUUCCAUCCCUGGAGAGGUAAACUCUGAAGGCAGUAAUGGAGAAGUUGAGAAGGUUGUACAGACCUUGCAGAAUCUACCAUCAUCAAUUCCAUCACGGAAGUGGCUUGUGGAUCACAUGCUUGGGCUCGGUUUCUCAAAGUCACUGUCAGAAUGGAUUGGCAGCAACCUAAAAAAAUUAGGAGAUAAUGAGACAUGCACAUGGGGAUUUAAUCUAGAGGGUGCCAUCCAAAUGUUAGAUUCGUACAAGGAGAAGGCAUAUUGGUCUUUGAUGGAGCACCCACCCAAAGGGAUGGAGAUAGCGAUUGUGCGUGCAGAAAACAGUGACAGGUGGGACCAAAAUCUGGUUCAGCGGCUUGAAAAGCUUGCUGCUCGGCAUGAGGAUGAAUCUGAAGGGAAAUUUUCAGUUCAUGUUCUUCCUAAUUCUGGCCACUGGGUUCAUGUGGACAAUCCAAAAGGACUACUCGAUAUUGUGGCUCCCAAGAUAGCCUCCCUUCUAUAAUCUAACCUCCAUUAUUUUGAAGGUACUGGCCUUUAAACAUUAUCACUUAAUGUUUAAGUCAUUUAUAUUUUAUUUUAAUUCUAUUGCCGCUUGUUGGCACAAUAAGCAUGAUCAUGGUAAUAAUCAUUGGCUGCUGGAGAAAAAUUGGAUGUAGAAACUUCGUGACUCGGGGGAUCCUGAUUGUCAAUUUCAAAUUUUUUGUUUUCCUUGCAAA